GAAAGAGAAAGAGACAUAUACCCAUACACAAAUUUCAAAAUUUAACUAAUUAUGAAGCUCCAAGGAAGUUGCUUCCUUCACCAAAGCUUGUCUCCUAGUGGAACCAUUUUCAAGCUCCGUCGAUAAUGGCUGCUCAAGAAAAAACAACUUCCACUAUCACCACCAACCCAAAUCCCAAUUCCCCUUUUCUUCCCUAAUGAAACUCCAAACCCUAAAUCAUUUUCAAUGUCACUUUCUCCUCACUUGUUUCUCCUUCUUUUUACCUUAGCAUCCCUCACCGCUGCCGCAAUCGCCGCCGUUCAAUGCCCUCUCAACUUCACCCUUCUCCGCCAGUUCUCCCAGGGUUCCGCCAUUUCCCGCUCCGACGAAUGCCAAUACAUCCGCCUUGGUCUCCGCCUCGUCCUUUCCCAGUACCUUAAACUCACCGGCUCCUUCUUGCCCCCGGUGAACUCUUCCGAUUCAUGCUGGAAUUCUUACCAAUCGAUUGUGAAUGUUUCUUGGCCGAAUUUCGACAUUCGGAGCUCUUGUGGGUUUCAAACCGGGUGGAUUUCUCAAGGCUGUAUGAACAUAACUACCAAAUCAAGGUUUGAGAGAAUUGUUCCCAAAUCAGCCCUUGAUGGUGUUGUUGCGAACUGUAAUCAAUCGCUUGAAAGUGGUUCCCCCUGUGCCUUGUGCACGACGAGUCUCGCGAUCAUUCAGGCCACGUUCUUGACCGGUCCGUCCAUUGGGAAUGUCACUGAUUGCCCCGCAUAUCCAUCGAUCUACACGGCGGCGUUCGUGAAUCAUUUCGGACCUACCGAUUGGGGAACUGCCAAAUGUUUAUUCUCACUGAAUCUUCCUUCUUCGGGGAAUUCGAGAAGUAAGAAGCGGAAUACGGUGGUGUUAGUUGUUCUAAUUUGUUGUGGCGUUGCGGCGGCGGCGGCGGCGGUUGCAGGUGGGUUGUUUUUCUGGCGGAAACAGGGGAAAGUCAAGAAGAACGAUAGAAUUGGUAGAGUUGAAACAGGGUUUGGUUCUGGAUUGGAAUCGAUUAGUGCAAGCACUACUUUGGUGAAGUUCACAUUCGAUGAAAUCAAGAGGGCAACCAGGAAUUUUAGUAGAGAUAACAUAAUUGGAAGAGGGGGUUAUGGGAAUGUGUAUAAAGGGGUUCUAUUAGAUGAUUCUGAAGUUGCAUUGAAGAGGUUUAAGAACUGUUCUGCAGCAGGGGAUGCCAUUUUUGCUCAUGAAGUUGAGGUAAUUUCAAGUGUUAGGCAUGUUAAUCUUGUAGCUGUAAGGGGAUAUUGUAUUGCAACCACUCCAAUGGAAGGUCACCAGAGGAUAAUUGUGUGUGAUUUGAUGAAGAAUGGGAGUCUUUAUGACCAUUUGUUUGGGUUUUCAGAUCAGAGAUUGAGUUGGCCAAUUAGGCAAAAGAUUGCUCUUGGCACAGCUAGAGGAUUGGCUUAUCUGCAUUACGGAGCUCAGCCUUCCAUUAUCCAUAGAGAUAUCAAAGCCAACAACAUUCUUUUGGAUGAAAAUUUUGAACCUAAGGUAGCUGACUUUGGUUUAGCUAAGUUUACUCCAGAAGGAAUGACUCAUUUAAGCACAAGAGUUGCUGGAACUAUGGGGUAUGUGGCGCCCGAGUAUGCCUUAUAUGGCCAGUUGACUGAGAGGAGUGAUGUGUAUAGCUUUGGAGUUGUUCUACUCGAGCUAUUGAGCGGGAGGAAGGCACUUGGGGUGAGGAGCCAUGACAGCCAACCAUUUCUAGUGACUGAUUGGGCUUGGUCUUUGGUUAGGGAACAAAAAGCAAUGGAUGUUAUUGAAGAAGGCAUGCCAGAGCUGGGUUCUCCAGAGGUUGUUGAAAAGUAUGUCUUGAUUGCUGUUCUUUGUUCACAUCCCCAACUCUAUGCCAGACCAUCAAUGGAUCAAGUAGUGAAAAUGCUUGAAACUGAGCUAUCUGUUCCUUCAAUCCCAGAGAGACCCAUCCCUUUAGUUGCUGAUAUUGAUGAAAUUGAGAAAUCUAUGAGUAGUAGUGGUUCGGCUCAGCAUUCUGGUUCAGUUGGCUUUCAUAGUUUCGCAUUACAGAAUGACCAUAAAUAGGGGGUGGGGAGUUAGGACAUAGAAACUGGUCGUACAUUAAUACGAGAACAAGGAGGAAUCUGCUCGAGUACUAGUUGGAGAGACAACUUACCAAUACCAUGGGACAAUGGUGUGGGGGGGAGAUCAUUGGAAUUGGUCAUAUGUUUCUACGGGGGCCAGGAAUCCACCCAAGAAGGGGCUUCUAUUUAAUUAUGUAGAGACAACCACUUGCCAAUACCGAGGGACGAUCAGUUCUCGAUCUUAGAGGAUUAUCAAUCAUACUGGGACUAAAACACGACCUACACUCAUAAGAAAAGAAAGUCAUGGGGAGUUUUCUGCAAUGAGCCAUUCGUUUUGUUUGUUGGAUUAGUUGGAUGGUUCCACAUUUGGAGUCCAUGCUUCUAUUCCAUUGUAAAGAUGGAUAACUUUGUAAGUAUUUAGUUUUUCUAAUCCCCUUUGAAGUUCAGUGUUGGAGGGAGAGUAUUGAACACAUGAAACGUACAUUUUUGUUUUACCACUCAAAUGUUUAGACUUUGGUUUUUUUUUGCCUAAUUGCAUUCAUAUGUUUAUAUUUUGGCUUUGCUUUUGCGUCAUCAAUAUUAACACUGUUGGUGGCCUCUGAUUUAA